AUGAUUCAGGAAAUUUCCCAUUACGCCAAGAUGUAAAAUUGCUUACAAAAGAAAAAGUACUUCAUUCCGAAGCAGUCGGUCUAUGAUUCAACAAUUCGGAGAAAUAGAGAAAAUGUUGAGGCGAACGGGUAUUUCUGGGGGGCGUCUUUGGCGUCUUUUAUUAUUAUGGUUUCUGAUCACACCGGAUAUACUAACCACAUAUGCCGAGGAAAGUGACACUGCCGCCACUGGCCAGUUAAGUCCAAUUCCGUGUGGACCUGGCGGUCAAUUACAAUGUGAUCCACGGACGCAGUACUGUGAGUUAGGUAUUGAGCGUUGCCAUAGUUGUGCAGACUUGUGCCACCCCGCCAGAUUAAGGGCCAGUCCGGAACUGGAGACGGAGUGCAAGGAGCAAUGCGCGGGAUAUCUCAUGUUCACGACAACCACUGCCACACCUACGGUAAAGCAGACUGCUCUCCAAGGUUACGGCUUUGGGCGUGACCAACAUCAAACAAAUACAGGCGACAUCUCCGGUGUGAUAGAGAAGCUUCCAAGCUUUGGUAUAGGAAUAAUAAUUUGCCUGUGUAUUCUCAUUAUUUUGGGUGUUGUUAAUAUGAUCAUCAUGGUAUCAUGCCUAAUACUCAAGGUCAGGAAACGUGAUGUCAAAGACGUGAAGAACAAAGAUGAGGAAUAUGGUCCUCAAUUGGACUGUAAAAAGCCUUUAUUAAAGAACGACCAAGCUAGAAACGACGAAGAAAUUUCGCGAAAUUCGUCCAGCGAGACAUUCGAGGAGACGUCCUUUAAAAAUCAAAGGUCAAAGAUGGUGAUCGGGAGUUCAGAGCCCCCGCCGCAGUACAACUUUGAAGACGGUCAGACAGCAGACUCUUCUCUAGACCUUGCCGCGGCUAACUCUACUAACGUUACCGAGCCCAAGACAGCCUAAAACGGGACAAAUGUUAUAUUUAAUCAACUUUCAGAAUCUCAGAACUCAAACAAAAUCGCUGUUUUCAGACUGAAAACAAUUGGAGAGCAUUUCUCGGAUAUGAGGAUAUAUAAGAUCUCUGUGACAGAGAUCGUGCUAGAGAAUAAAUGAUGAAAAACCCCAGCACUAUGACAGCAUUUUGCAAAAAUUGCUGGGGAUCUGUCUUCAAAUGUAAAUGCAACAGUGAUGAGUGGAUUGAUAGAAUGACUCUAGAAUGAAUAAAAAAUGUAUUGUUGUAUUCAUCUAACAAGUAUUGAGCCACUUUUCUGUUUUCGAAUAUUAAUAUUAAUAUUAAUCAAUUUAAAUGUCGUAAUCAAAAUAAUACGUGGAGACCCUUGCCAGUUGCUUGGUUUAAAUUUAAUCAACCUGUUAGUUUAUUUGUUUUAAUCCUAUUUUAUCUCAUUUUUUGGUCUAUCAUAUAACAGUUAUAAACAUGUGCCAAACAUACAUUAGAAGCAUGGACCUUCAAUGUUUAGCAAAUAUUUAUUUAAUAAAUAUAACUGACAUAUCAAAACUUGGGAUUAAAGCAAGUUAUCUACAUGCAUUUUAUGGUGGUAAAAUAAAAUUGGACAUAAUCAAAUGGCACUUUUUUGUCUAACGGCAAAACGUUAAACUGAAGCUUAGUUGCGAUUUUAUACUCUCAGUAUGUAGACCUAUGCCGUAUUAAUAAAUUUUUCAUUUAAUAUUUGUGAACAAUUUGUAUAUUUUGACGCCAUAAUAUUUGUGACUCCUUCACGCACCGUUUUGUUGUUAUCAAUUAGAGUGCACUGUGGUGCAUGUAUUAAAACUUCUGUGGUGUCUUCAUAGCAUCUUUAUAAUUUCUAUUCUGAUAGACUAUGGCAUUAUCUGUGACGUCUCCAUACAUCGUGUUAUUAAUAUGUUAUUGACAUUUCAAUAUAGCAGGCUAUACAUAAUCUAACUGUGACGUCAAAAUUUCUCUAAAGCCUUCAGGAGACAUGCCAUGUGAUAUUACGUUUUUGUGAAGUCCUCGACGUCUUGUUAAUAUGCACCCAAACCCAAUAUAGAGGUGCAUUUCACAUACU